GGGGAGUCUAGACAUGCUGGAGCUGGAAGCUAAGCAGCUGAAGCAAUCAUUGAAGCAAACUAUACAGCAAGACAUACAUCAGUUAAGUGAAGCCCUGGACAAGACUUUAGAUGAAACAGAAACACUGCGUGCGAAGCUAGGUGGAGCCACUGCAGAAGUGAGCUGUUGGAAAUCAAGGCUUGAAGCCAAGCAACAGAUCCUUGAGGAGGAGAAAGAAGAAAAGUGUCAUCUGAGAUGUGAGGCACAACUGUUAAGCAACCAGUUAGGCCAGCAGUCUGAGUACUGUGUUAGCCUGGGUAGUGCUCUAGCAACGUUGCUGUGGCGAGUGUCCCAGACCGAGAGUAGCACACAUGCCAUGCUACAGGGAAGUAAGGUGGACGACUUCCUACGAUUAGUUGUUGGCACAUUGGACAGCUACGUGCAGACGUAUAACGACGACACGCCAUGCACACAGAUGGUAGAGGAUAGUGAGGAAUCACACUUUGUGCUGGCUCUGUGUGGUAUCAUUACUAACAUUGCCGCCGUCCCAUACGGUCGCCAUUUUCUCAUGGGAAAUGUCAGUGGCCGAGAGCUGGUGGAAAUGUAUACAGAUGUGUUGAGAUCCAUUUCCCCACCCUCCUUUCCUAAGCUUAGAAAGCUGCUAUUGAUGGCGCUGUACAAUGUAAGCAUCAAUAAGGAAGGCCUGAAAUUGCUUAGUCAAAGCCAUGGAAUCAUAGGGAGACUGGCUUACACCGUGACCAGUGACACAUGUGAGGGGAACCGGGAACAUGCACUCAGGCUGAUCCAAUCCUUAGUGUACGAAAUGCAGAGCCCUGGUCUUCUACAAGAGCUACUGGAAGUGCUGCCACGUCCAACCUUGCAGGAGUUAAGCGAGGUUACACAUGGAAACCUACAAAAAGGCAUCAUAGAAAUGAUGACAGACUUGGUAGCACUGACCAGGGAGUCAUAGCUGAUGACAGAUGAUAUCCAGUUGAUAAACAACGGAGGUAGAAGCGGUGACCGAUUUGUUGUCUGUAGCUACCAAGUUUGAUUAAUAAGUCAUUAGUCAAUACACUUUGGGUCUAUCUAAUGACCAUCGAUGUUCAGACCAGACUAGUGGUAUUGGGGUUAACAGGCAAAAU